GCACCACUUCUCGGGUUUUUGCACUAGAUCGUUUUCCUCCUGGCUUUGCUUGCUGAGAUUUUGCUAGCACCUUGCGGUCUGUUGCUGCUACUCAGAGCUAUAAAUCAAACUGGCAAAUAUGGAUCAACCGAUGUUCAUGUCGGAUCCCACCGACUAUCAGUCUAGCAGCCUUGAUCAAUCCGUUGCGAUUUUGCAUCCCCGGCGAUCGAAAACUGAAAUUGUCUCUCAAUUUCACCAGCCAUCUGAGCUCAGCUCGUCUCCUCCUAUGUCUACUGCUUUAGGAAAUUCCAACGAUAAUGAACGCGUCCCGCCUAUGUCUCUGUCUUCCAUGUCUGAUGUAUCACGCAGUCGCAUGGAAACUGAUGAUACCGACAUGUCAACCGCAUCUGCUCCCGUGGCUUAUGGUUCCAAUUCUGCUCUUUCGACUCCUGUGUCUAAACGGAGCGUCAACUUUUCUUCCACUCCCGCUACCACUCCUUAUCGCUCUGCCGAGCGCAGCCGUGAGGAGGCACAUGCAUCAGAGAUUGAAUUUAGCUCCCCCGAUCAGGAAGACUGCGGCAAGAUUCAGACAGGGGCCUCUGAUUUUACAGAACAGAAUACCGAGAUUGAGUCGCGAAGAUCAGAGAACACUGCUCAAGACGAUUCCAUGGUGAUUAUUGUUGACGAAAAACCGCACCCUUCGGCUUGUAUAUUCGUUGCUAGUCUCUCGUCCUCUCAUACGCUGGAGGAUUUGAAAGUUGCCGUCAGUACGGUCUUCACAAAGUGGAAUCCGGUUGAUAUUACUGUCCAUCGAGACAGCUCCGACCGUCCGUAUGCCUUCGUCCAGCUUCGUUCAUUUGAGGAUGCUCGCGACGCGCUUGAGUCUCGCCGGGGAGUGAUUAUCUUGGAUCGCCCCAUCAGAUGCGAGUUUGCUCGUGUCAAUAGAUCAGUCUUUUUGGCAUCUUCUAAGCGCAUUAUUGAUAACGAUGAAGCGGAAGCGAUUUUCAGCAAGUAUGGCCAGCUAGAGCUACUGAUCGUGGCAAACGUGCCUUACGGUCGUGGUAUUCUCAGUGGAUGGUGCGCCAAAUUUGAAUAUCGAGAAGACGCGAUUAACGCUUAUUUUGAUCUUCGGAUCGAGAAGGAUCUGAUUAUAUUUUAUGUCCAAAAUCCGGAUCCGAAUAUUCCAGCUUCUGCUGAGAACCCUGCAAUCUCUAUCCGCAACCUUGAUCCGAAGCAGGUCACGGUUGAAAUGCUGGAGAACAAAUUCAGACCUUACGGGCGAGUGAUGGAUGUCCAACUUCUCUCGCGCACAUCUAGUACGGACCCAAAUGAACCGCUUAGCGCAUUUGUUCGCUUUGAGAACAUUGAUGAAGCUCGCCGUGCUAUUGUUGAAGAGAACAAAACACUAUUCCUUGGGCGCAGAAUCUACCUCAGCUAUGACAAUCAUUUGGCCGUGCCCACUAUGGUCAGACUUGCUCCCGCCCCCAAAUACUCCGAAUCUUCGAUGAGUUGGCCAGAGCAAGACGCCGCUAGCGAACGAGAUUCCAAUGACGCGUACGGUAACGACAAUGCAGCCAAUGCUUUUGCAUCUCGUUACCACGACCCCCGAGCGCGGAGAGUUAUAUCGUCACCGACGUUCAAGGGCGCUAAUGGUGUGCGGAGAAACAGCAAUGGCUAUAGUCAAGAAAAACAGCUGCAGCAGAAGCAGAUGCGGGGUCGCAAGGCGGUACUCGGGGACUUCACAGAGUCAUUCAACAAUGAGGCAUCUCCUCAAAGCUACGACGACAUGGAUCAGUCUCAGCACUAUAUGGAUGGGUCAGUGUUAUACGGCAAUUCCUACUACCCUCCGGUAGUCGGCAAUAGAAUGGUCGGCCCUGAGUAUUAUCAGAUGCAGCAUCCGAUGUUUAUGAUGCCGCCGAUGCAGGCACCUGUUCAUUCGCAAGCUGAGCCGCCGAAUUACCCAGCCUAUAUGGACAACAACGGUGCGCCCAUGCCGUACCCAUACAUGCCAUACCAGAUGCCGUACCCUUAUUAUCCCCCGCAGCAGCAGCAUACCGACGUGAACGGAGCGAUGAACACGGCGGCCAAGGCCAACGAAGGCGGGUACACUGAUAAUGCUUCCGCCCCGGCACCACCUUCUGGGAUGGCAAUGAUCCCGCCAUAUGACUAUAAUGGACAGAUGCUUUAUGCGAUGCCGUAUCAAAUGCCGCAUCCGUAUAUGUACGCGAACAUGGUUCAGCCGAUGGCAGGAGAGGGUGAGGCGACAAACUGAGGGUAUUAAGUUGAGGUUUUGUUGACGAUGUAGCUAGUUUGUGUUAAUGUAAAAACGAGAUGGGAAAAGAUUUUAGUCUGUCGAUGAAGGUAUAUAUGCGGAAUGAAAAGAGAAAAGAG